AUGACCCAAGAUCCCGUCAUCGGCGACUACUACGUCGAGCCGGCCAAUGUCCCCCUGGUCGACUUUCGCAUGCUCACCUCGCCCGACGCGGCCCAGCGAGGGGAAGCCUUGGUCUUACUGGACACGGCUUUUCGCGAAUGGGGAUUUGUUCAGAUCUGCAAUCACAGCAUCGGGUCCGACAAGCUCCACCAGGCCUUCAAGUGGGCCGAGCGCUUCUUCGCGCAGCCCUCGGCAACAAAAGAGCUGAUCGCGCACCCGGGGACCGGUGAUAUAGAUGCAAACCGCGGCUGGACCAAGGCUGGCCUGGGGUAUACCGUGCAGAUGGAGUUUGACGAGGACAAGGUGGCCGCCUUCCGCCAGCAAAACCCGGACUGCAAGGAAACCCUGGAGCUGGGCAACCCAUUCGAUGCGGAGCUGGGCCACAACAAGUGGCUACCGGAGACGACCCUGCCCGGCUUCCGGGGCUUCAUGGAGUCCUGGUGGACGGACUGUGCGACACUGGCCCAGGGCCUGUAUCGCUGUCUCGGGGAAGCGCUGCGCAUUGGCAAGGCGGAGGAGGCGGACUGCUACUUCAGUCGCAUCCAUUCCGCCAACGACUGCCACAUGACGUGGAACUUCUAUCCUGCGAUGCCGGUGCGGGCUUUUAAUGCGGACGGCGCCAAGCGCCUCAACGCGCACACGGACUUUGGGACCCUGACGCUUGUGUUGCAGGACGCCGUCGGCGGCCUCGAAGUCCACGAUGGCCGUUCGUUCCGGCCCAUCGUGCCCGUCCCGGGCGCUGUUGUUGUCAACGUGGGCGACAUGCUCGAGCAGCUCUCUAACGGCCGAUGGCGGAGUGCCUUGCACCGAGUGGUUGCACCGGGGCAGUUGAUGCAGCCGCACCGCGAGCAGGAGAGCGAGACGAGUGUGGUCGACCGGUAUUCCCUAGUCUUUUUUGCAACGCCCAACCGGGGCGAGUUGAUCACAAUCGCGCCGGGCUGUGAGACACCAGGGAAAUGGAUGCCAAACAUGAGCGGGGACUGGGGCCCUCUCACGGCCUACCAGUGGAUCCAAAAGAGGCUGGCAGUGGAUUAUUUUUGA